AUGGAUAUGAUGAAGCAGAUUGUUUUGGAUGCAAAAAUAGAUUAUCCAGCUGCUUGCAAUGCAAUGAUGUUUCUUUCCUCCAUUUGCAGUGCACAUACUGAUUGUAUCAUUACAGAAGACUGGGAAACUACAGAAGUCUUCCUGCAUCAAGUCACAGGAUUGGACCAAGUUAUUGAAUUAUGGUCUGAUGACGCUGAAGCAGAUAUUGUAGUGAAAAGGUGCAGGAGGCAAACUGAUGGUUCGGUGAAGAGGACUAAAACCUGGGCUUUAUCAAAAGGGGAAGCACAAUUAACUGGUGUUUCUUUUAACAGUUACCUCCGGUUGUAUGGACAGAACCAGAAUCAGGCGUUGCAUGAAUCUAUACCAUCAGAUAGUGGGGCUCCAAUUGCUUCUAUUCAUCAAGAUCAAAUUUCAUGUGAAUUUGGUUCUUCCAGUAGAAAAGUUACAAAUGUUAAGGUAGAGGGGGUCUAUCUUGGAAAAGACAUUUUGGACUCGCCGAAUCUGGAAGCAAUCAUGACGGAAGUGGAAAACGAAUAUCGAACCAUUUACAGAAUCGCAGACCCAGAUUUCUCCGUGUUUAAGCUCAUGCAAGAUAUCUGCAAACGUUGUUCAUCAGCACAACUUUCUAAACAAGAGAUUUUAAACACAAAUGAGCCUGCAAUGACUCCAACUGCAGUUGAUAAAGAGACCCAAAUCUCCCAACUGGUUCAUGGCUGCAGACUGAAGGCUGUCAUGAAGAAUCUGCAGGACAUAACCCGUGGAGAAGAAGGUGUACAAAUACCCUUGUUGAACGACAAUGGUGCCAUGGAAUUGCCAAACUUUUUCUACAUUUCUAAGAACUUAGUGUUCAAAGAUGCUUAUGUGAGUUUUUCAUUAGCUCGUAUAUCAGAUGAGAGUAUUUGUUCACAAUGUGUUGGUGAUUGUCUGUCAUCGGACAUACCAUGUGCAUGCGCCGGAGAGACCCGAGGGGAAUUUGCUUACACAAAAGGAGGAUUCUUAAAAGAAAAGUUUCUAGACGAAGCCAUAACAAUGUCACGUAAGCCUAAAAGACAACACUUUUAUUACUGUGAAAACUGCCCUUUGGAGAAUAAUCCAUUGGAAAAGUACAAAAGAAACAGGGCAUGCAAGGGACACCUAAUGAGAAAGUUCAUCAAAGAAUGCUGGGACAAGUGCGGCUGUAACAAGAAAUGUGGGAACCGUGUGGUUCAAAGAGGCAUCAGAGCUUCUUUGCAGGUGUUUGGCACCCAAGAAGGGAAGGGUUGGGGGCUUCGAGCCGUGAAUGCAUUGAAGAAAGGGACAUUUGUGUGCGAGUACGUGGGGGAGAUUGUAACCAACCAUGAACUGCAUUUGAGAAAUAACCAGAGAAGUGGAGAGGAAGAGCAUACAUAUCCUGUGUUAUUGGAUGCAGAUUGGGGCUCUGAGCGUGUUCUCAAGGAUGAAGAAGCUCUUUGUUUGGAUGCUACUAACUACGGUAACUGCGGCAGAUUUAUCAAUCACAGGUGUUUUGAUUCAAAUUUAGUGGAGAUUCCAGUGGAGAUGGAGAUUCCAGAUCAUCAUUAUUAUCAUCUCGCUUUUUUCACGGCCAGAGAUAUCGAAGCAGCUGAAGAAUUAACUUGGGAUUAUGGCAUCCACUUCGAUGACAAAACUCAUCCCAUUAAAGCAUUUAAUUGCAAAUGUGGAAGUAAAUUUUGUCGAGACAAGUAA